AUGGACUCAAAGCCAUUGAUGGGUGGCGGUCAGACAACGGCGAAGAUGUCGCUCCUCGGGGAUGAAGAAAACCGUGCAAUGAUGUCUCACCGACGCCAUUAUUCCCGCGUCAAACGUGCUGCGAUCCUCUUUCUGGGACUGUCUGUGAUACUUUCGGCUCUGGUUUACUUUCGGGACGAUGUACUUCCAAUGUACCUCCGCAUGAAAGACUAUCAUCACAGGGAGCGACAUCGCCAUCAUCACCACGCUGGUAUCUGCCUUACACCUGCUUGCGUCCACGCCUCUUCCGAGCUCCUGUAUAACCUCUCGCCCGACUAUAAGACUCUUGAUCCCUGUACCGACUUUGAGGAACUCGUCUGUGGCGGAUGGAGGGAUCGUCACGAUCUCCGUCCAGACCAGGGCGAUGCGUUUACCGGAACCAUCAUGUCCGAAACCUCCGAGAUGCUCCUGCGCCACAUCCUGGAAGCCCCUUACCCUCCAGACGAGGAGAACUUUGACAAACUCAAAGCUGCCUAUGAUGCUUGUCUGGAUGAAGAUACUAUCACGGCCAUGGGCGUCGCUCCUUUGAUGGAAAUCCUCAACGGAACGUCGGACUAUUUCUCCACCGGACCGGACGCACUAUCUCAUACCAUCUUGUAUCUGGCCAAAUUGGGGAUCACCGCGUUGGUAUCGACAGGUGCGAGCGCCGAUGACAAGGACCCAGAUACUGUGGUCGUGUCCGUCUCCGCUCCUUGGCAAAUCGGCUUGCCCGCCAAGGAACUGUACAAAGAUGAAAAGAUCUUGACAAAGUAUGAAAACGUCGCUUCGCAGGUCAUCUCGGCUCUCCACCCUCACUUGGCCAUCAAAGCCAUCGAUGCCCAUGCUCUCGUGGAGUUUGAGAAAAAACUUGCCACUGCCUCUCCUAAUGCCGAAGAUGCCAACGAUGUGACGAAAUACUACAAUCCCAUGGCAAUGAAAGAUGCGGAUGCUCUCGCUCCACAACUCCGACUUUCCCAAAUCCUCGACGGCCUCGUGCCUUCAGACUAUAAGCCGGAUAGAAUCAUCGUCAUGGCUCCGCAAUACGUGAAAGAGCUUGGCAAGAUUUUAUCGGACACGUCGGAGGACACCAUUCACACUUAUUUCCUCUGGAAAGCUAUACAGUCGUACGCCGAGUACAUCGAGGCUGAUGCUAUCACUCCUUACAAGCGAUUCUCUAACGAACUGCAAGGCAAGGCAAGUUGGAUUUUGAGUCGCUUCUUCGUGGAGAAGGCCUUUUCUGCCAAAGCCAAGGAGUUUGGUGAUCAAGUUGUCUCCGACAUCAAAGAACAGUUCAUUGAAAAACUCAAGGCUACUGCAUGGAUGGAGAACGAGGUGAUCGAGUUGGCGAUCCAGAAAGUCCACAACAUCGUCCAAAAGAUCGGAUACCCAGACAAGAGUCCGAAUAUCAUGGAUGCAAAGGUUCUGCGGAACUUCUACAAACAACUCAACAUUACGUCAUCCACUUACUUCGAUAAUGCAGUCUCUAUGAGUCGCUUUUAUGUCAGCCGUGAGUGGUCUGCGCUUGGCAAACCAGUCGAUAGAGAUCAAUGGUACGUGGACAUGACUGUCCCGACCGUGAAUGCCUAUUAUAAUCCAGCCGGAAAUGAAAUAGUUUUCCCAGCUGGGAUCAUGCAAUUCCCGGUGUUUGACGUAAAUGUUCCCCAAUACCUCAGUUACGGUGCCUUUGGAGCUGUUUCUGGCCACGAGCUUUCCCAUGCCUUCGAUUCCACCGGCCGCCACUAUGAUCAAAACGGCAACUAUACAGACUGGUGGACUGAAAAAACUGUGGCAAGCUUCAAAGAGCGAGCAGAUUGCUUCGUGCAGCAAUAUUCCAACUUCACAAUCGAGGGAUCAGACAACAAACCCCUGCACGUCAAUGGCCGUCUGACUUUGGGCGAGAAUAUCGCGGAUGCCGGAGGCCUGUCUGCAGCUUUUGCGGCAUGGACGAAGCGCGCGGCAGAAAAACCUAACCAGGAUCUCCCUGGCUUGGACUUCUUCACCCAGGAGCAACUCUUCUUCGUCAACUAUGCCAAUUGGUGGUGCGGCAAGACCAGGAAGGAGACGGCCAUUCAGCGUAUUUAUACGGAUCCACAUGCACCCAAGUGGGCGAGGAUUUUGGGGACGAUGGCCAAUUCGAGAGACUUCAAGGAGAGUUUCCAUUGCGAAAAGAAAGAGCCGGUUUGUGAGUUGUGGUGA